GAGGUGAUUGACCGAAUUACGACAUCAUUCCCGCGGAAUAGAAAUUGUUGAUUAUUAGGUAGGCAGCCAGCUAGCCAUCCGAAUCCCCAUUAAGCACCACAAAUGACUUUUUCGUAGUACCAGUGGAUUGACAAAGAGAUUCACAAAUCACGAAGGAAACCAAUUAUUAAUCCCGGAUCAUUAUAGUUUCAAUUCCAGAAAAAAUAUGGCAGAUUCCCUGUAAAUCCCAGGCUUCUAAAUUUGCUCACUUGAAGAUUCUCUAUUGGGUUAUCCUGGAUUGAAGCUCUAUCUAGCCUUUCACCAAAAAGAAGAAAGGGUACAAGAAAAUUGCGGGAAUGUUAUUAAACGAUGGUAAAGUUCAGAUUUUUAGCCAAAGCUGUGUACUUUUUUCUGGAAACAAACAGGCCCCGUUAUUGAAUCUCUUGUAAAAUUGAAUCUUUGUACAUUCUGGUCUAAAGAGAAUGGGAUGCGAGGUAGAUUGCAUGUGGAGUCUCAGUAGUUUAGUAGGGGCUUUUCUCGACCUAGCUAUAGCUUAUUUCUUGCUCUGUGCAUCAUCUGUAGUUUUCUUGGGCACCAAAUUUCUAGGUUUAUUUGGAUUGCCCUUACCUUGCCCUUGUAAUGGAUUAUUUGGGACAGCAUCAAAUAGGGACCUCUGCUUGAAGAGGCUCCUGGUUGAUUUCCCCAAUGAGAAAGUGUCAAAUGUUCAUUAUUCUGUGGAAGGAAAGUUCCCUUUUGAUGAUCAUAGUUGCCGUGUUAAUAUGAGAUUGAUUAGGGAAAAUGAUAACAACAAGUUCAAUACAAGUCACGGGCUUAUUCAAAUGGAAGAAUGCCAAGAAGCUUCAUGUAGUUCAGUGACAGAUGCAAGGAAAUCAAUCAGUGUUCCAAGAAUUGAAUUUAAGCCUAAGACUGUGACUGAGAGUGUUAGAGAAGGAAGGGCUGAUGUGAAGGAGAAAGGGGCGUCGCUCUGUAAGAACAGAAGUGGGACACGUCGUCGUAGGAAAAGGGCUUUAGCAGUUGAGAAUUGGAUGUCAUCAUCAGUUUCAUCGUAUGAUCCUCCGGAGACAGAUUUUCAAAGUUGUCCGAUUUCUCCUCCUAGUAUCAACAAGGAAAGGAAGGGUAUUAGACUGUUGAGAGAAGACAGCAAUGAGCUUUAUGGAAAUGGUAUUGAUGCUCGUUGUUCCCAACACAAUGGACAAAGAGACGGUUUUGACUGGAAUGGAUUUCCUGAUGAAGAUGUGCAGCAAACUGAUAAGAAUGUCUCUUCUUAUGAAGAGCUAAAAGCUAAUGGUGAAAGUUCAAAAGAGCUCACGCAACUACGUGUUGAAGAAGAAGAUGGUGGUGAUGAUGAUGAUGAUGAUGAAGGUGAUGGUGGUCGUGGUGCUCUUUAUCUAGAGCUCGAAAAGGAGAGAAAUGCUGCUGCAAUAGCUGCUGACGAGGCUAUGGCUAUGAUUUCGCGCUUACAGGAAGAGAAGGCUUCGAUAGAAAUGGAAGCUCGGCAGUAUCAGAGGAUAUAUGAGGAAAAAUCUGUUUACGAUGCAGAAGAAAUGGACAUUCUAAAAGAGAUCCUGGUUAGGAGGGAGAGGGAGAAGCAUUUUCUGGAGAAGGAAGUGGAAGCAUAUAGAAACAUGAUGAUUUCUGUCAGAAAUGACGAACCAGAUGGUGCUGGCGGCGAUGAGAGGCAGCCUUUUGAUUACUCACUAUAUGAAAGUGAGGAUCCUAUGUUGAUGCUACACCAACUCAGUGCAUCUAUAGACAAGAAGACCAUGACUAAGUGUAAAGGAUUGAAUGAAUCAUCAAAUUCAGAACAUAAGGAAGGUUCUAGUCCCCCAAAACAAGGGCGCCUAGCAAGCUAUUCCUCCAGCAAUCAAGUUUUUCAGGAGAAAGAGAUGGUUACUAUGGUCAAUGAUUCUUAUGUUUCUGAACAUAAAAAGGAAGAAAACUCACAUGAUCCAUCUCUGGGAUUUUGCCCAUCAAAUUCAUCAUUGGACAAAGUACUUCAUGUUGUACAUGAUGUUCAUGUAAUAGAUGAUAAGGGAGAGCCAUUCUCUACAAAUGAUAACCAAAAUUCUGCUUCUUCUCAGAUGAUUGAUGUUAACAGAGAUGCUCCCAGUACCAGCAGUUCAGAUCUCAAUAAUCAGGGCCUUCCGCCGUUAGGCCCCAAGACCAUGUCCCUACAGGCUCGUGAUGCUCUGCGGAGGCAUUCCAUGUCUACCUUUGACAUUGAGAGGUUAAAACUUGACUUUGAAGUUGAGAGGCUUAGAGAAAGGCUGAAGAGCGUACAAGAAGGAAGAGAGAAACUCAACGUCUCAGUGGAGAAUAGAGACGGAGACAAAUUACAGCUGAAGCUUUUGGAGGAUAUUUCACGCCAGCUCAAUGAGAUUAGGCACCUCACACAACCUGGAAGGGGAAUACGUCAAGCAUCUUUACCUCCUCCAUCAUCAAAGGGAACAUCAAAGAAGAAGCGUUCUCGCAGUGUCUCUUCAGGGGUCCAGAAUAGCUCUUAAGGUCAGCGUUCAUCAAAUCAUCACUGAAGCCUUGGAUGCAGUUUGAUGACGAAACUGCACACAUUACUUGAGUGAGAUGUAUCGGACCAAAACAUGUGUGAGACAAUUUCACGGUGAAACGUGACCGAAGUGUAUUAUAAUAAUACUUUGAGAGUAUAAAUUAAUACUUUUAAAAAAACUGUUUUUUAAAAAGUAUUACUUUUCACUUUUGAAGUAAUUACAUUUUGGUCACAUCUCAUUGUGAGUGUGUGUUAAAGGAGACCACCACCCCCUUUCCUGAAAUUCUCCAUCCUUGCAAGUUUGAAAAGCAGAUCAGGAUGAUAGUGUAUGCUAAGUGAUUAUAGUAGCUAACAUCCACUGUAUAGUUUUCCUGUAUGUAUCGCCUUUACGAGUGAACCUGUCCGUGUUAAGCACAUGAUUUCUAUUACUAUAGUCUGCUGCAACUUCAUGUAUUCUUGCUUUCUUUUCAUCUCCUUGGAGCUUUUGAUUUAACUUCUCUGAUGUAAAUAAUGAUGUUGCGGUAUUGUCCCAACAAUACCAUAAUACUUGAGAAGUCAAGAGACCGAAAGCCACAAACACCGAGCACUGAGACCGACUGAUAGGAGGUGAAGCCCUUCCUCUGUUGCCCGGACCUUGGUGCUCUGGUUGCAUACCGGACAGGCUGGGAGUGCAACGAGAGGUCCGGACCCGCAUCAUGGCCUUGAGGGUGAAUACCUGGUACAUCUUUUCAUUCGCCAGGAAUGGAUUGUGGAUUAUGUACCGAGUACAACAUAGAUAGAUAAUACAACAUUUGAAAAAGGUUAUUCUCCAUAUGUCCUAAUGUCUCAAAGGGUUCCUCUUUUCUUUUUUUCCUCUUAUCUGAAAAAAAUGCUAUUAUGUUGUCUC